AGCUUAUAAAGGUGAUUCUGAUUCUCUGAUGCAGUGCAGCAUAUAACAGAGCAAGCAGGCAUUGAAUUCUUUACUUCAGACUUUGGUCUCACAACAUUAACUCUCUCCCAAUCAAACCAGCAAGGAAGUAUGGGCUUGGCUCCCCCACUACUGGUUGCUUGGUUCUACUUCAUGCUUGGGUUAAAUGGAACAAUGGCACAGACUGCUGCUGCUGCCGAUUCCAAGCCAAGUGAGGUCAACAUUGGUGCUCUGUUCACUUUCAAUUCCAUCAUUGGAAGAGCUGCAAUGCCUGCAAUUGAUCAAGCUGUGGAGGAUGUCAAUAGGGACUCAACAAUCCUUGCAGGGAUCACACUCAAUGUCAUCAAACAAGAUACUAAUUGCAGUGGCUUUGUCGGCACAGUGGAAGCCUUGCAACUGAUGGAGAAGAAUGUGAUCGCGGUUGUUGGGCCGCAGUCCUCUGGCAUCGGCCAUGUCAUCUCCCAUGUUGUCAAUGAGCUUCACGUCCCGUUGGUGUCGUUUGCCGCCACCGACCCAACCCUCUCCCCCCUGGAGUACCCAUACUUCAUCCGUGCCACCCACAGCGAUGCCUUCCAGAUGAACGCCGUUGCUGACCUUGUUGAACACUUCGGGUGGCGUGAGGUGACGGCCAUCUUUGUCGAUGAUGACUAUGGCCGCGGCGGCAUCACUGCCCUCGGCGAUGCGCUUGCCAAAAAGCGAUCCAAGAUCGGGUACAAGGCUAGCUUCCCGCCACACGCGGACUCCACUGUGAUCAACAACCUCCUGGUCCAGGUCAACCUGAUGGAGUCUCGGGUCUAUGUGGUCCAUGUCAACCCAGACUCUGGUCUAAACGUGCUCUCCCUUGCCAAGGACCUUGGCAUGAUGGCCGCUGGCUAUGUAUGGAUUGCUACAGAUUGGCUUUCUUCGAAAUUGGACUCAAUUAGUGGCAUUGAUUCCAGCACACUGAGCCUUGUCGAAGGAGUCAUCAUGCUCCGGCAGCACACAAUACAACCUGAUCCAAGGAAAAGAUUUCUUAUCAGUUAUGGUCGAUAUGCUUAUGACUCAAUCUGGUUAACAGCUCGAGCCAUCAAUCAAUUUCUGAAUUCAGGCGGAACAAUCAAUUUUACAGAUGACCGUAACUUGCACGAUGAGAAGGGAAGCACUCUUCGCCUUUCGACACUCAAAGUCUUCACCGGCGGCGAGCAGUUGCUUCGGCAGCUACUAGUCACCAACUUUACCGGCUUGAUCGGUCGGAUCGAGUUUGAUUCGGACCGCAACUUGGUUGAGCCAGCUUAUGACAUCCUUAAUGUAGGAGGAACAGGGUCACGGCUGAUCGGGUAUUGGUCAAACUACUCUAGGCUAUCAGUUGUUGCUCCUGAGAUUCUGUACAAGCAGCAACAGAAUUUCUCCAAUGAUGGCACACAGAAACUCUAUGCUGUGGUGUGGCCCGGCCAGAUCACAACACAGCCCCGUGGGUGGGUGUUCCCCAACAAUGGCAAGCCUUUGAGAAUUGGUGUGCCCAACAAAGUUAGCUUCAAAGAGUUCAUUACCAACAAUUCAGACCCUGACAAUCUAAGUGGGUUCUGCAUUGAUGUAUUUAAUGCUGCGAUUAAACAGCUGCCGUACCCGGUUCCAUGCAAGUUCAUCCUGAUAGGAGAUGGUUCCAAGAAUCCAAACUAUGACGAGAUUGUCAGAAUGGUUGCUAGAAAUGAACUUGAUGCCGUGGUGGGGGAUAUGGCCAUUGUGAGGAACAGGACAAGACUUGUGGAUUUCACACAGCCAUAUGCUGAAUCAGGACUUGUAAUAGUCACCCGGGUUAGGGAGGAGAGCUCGAGUGCUUGGGCUUUCAUGAAGCCAUUCACAGCUGAAAUGUGGUGUGUCACGGGAGCUUUCUUCUUGGUUGUAGGGGCUGUUGUUUGGAUUCUUGAACAUCGACUCAACCCUGAGUUCCGAGGGAAACCUAGAAGACAGAUAGCAACAAUGUUCUGGUUUAGCUUUUCAACAAUGUUUUUUGCCCACAGAGAGAACACAGUUAGUACACUGGGCCGCUUUGUGCUGAUAGUGUGGAUGUUUGUAGUCCUGAUCAUCACUUCAAGCUACACAGCAAGCUUGACAUCCAUCCUGACUGUUCAACAGCUUUCAUCAGGGAUCACAGGGCUUGAUAGCUUGCUCUCGACCUCUGAACCUAUCGGCUACCAGGAAGGUAAGUUUUCAAGAAACUAUAUGAUAGAAGAUCUCAAUAUUGCUGAGUCCAGGCUUGUACCUUUGAACUCCCCCGAACAAUAUGCUAAGGCACUCGAGCUUGGACCAAAGGGUGGAGGUGUUGCAGCCAUAGUCGAUGAGGUUCUAUACAUUGACGUGUUCUUGUCCACCUACUGCCAGUUCAGGAUAGUGGGCCAAGAAUUCACAAAAAAUGGAUGGGGAUUUGCUUUCCAAAGAGACUCUCCUCUUGCAGUUGAUAUGUCUACCGCAAUUCUAUCAUUGUCUGAAGAUGGUGAACUCCAGAAAAUCCAUGAUAAAUGGUUAUCGCAUGGUGGAUGUGCUUAUGGAGGUUCUGACAUAGAAGCGAACCGUCUAAGUCUCAGUAGUUUCUGGGGUCUCUUCCUAAUAUGUGGUAUUGUUUGUGGUCUUGCCCUUGUUCUAUUCUGCAUAAAAUUGUGCUACCAGUAUGCCAGGUACAGAAGCACAGAAGUUGAAAUUAUCAAAGAAGAGACAAGUGCAACAAACCAUCGAAAUCUCGGCAGGUUAAAGAGCUUUAAGCAUUUGAUUCAGUUUGCCGAUAUGAAGGAAGAAGAGCUUGAGUUAACGAUCAAGAAGAAUCUGAGUGACAAACAACUUAAAGGUUCAUUUCCUUCAGAUGGUGGCCAUUCAUUAUCACUUGCGUAAAAGCCAACAAUCCAAUCAAGCAUUCUUAAGCUUUUAUUUGUAGUAGCCAAUUGUUCAACAAAAGCAAUAUUCUUAGAGGAGAAUAAGCUAUCUGCAAAAGGGAAUUCAAGCAUUCACAGAAUGUGAGCGCCCUAUGUUCAGCAAUCUCUCAUGUUUUGGGGGGAAAGUAUGUGUUAUAUAAACCAAAUGCGAUCAAUAUUUCCUGUCAAAAUAAUGAAAUGUAAGUGAUACUAAAGAUUUCUGCCCAA